AUGUUCGAUAGUUCUAUCGAACGAGUGACUCUGGAACUAUGCUUCCAUAUAACUCUUAGCAUUAUGUGUGGCUGUAGUAUCUACUUUCUGCUUCUUGUGUUUAUUCUAACUUUUUAUUCGUCGGUUUUGUUACAUCUUAAAUUGUAUUUCUUUAGUUCUGACCGAGCCAUAUUUAAUGCAUAG